GGAUCUUGGACAAACUGCGAUUUGAUGUUGUCUAAUAUAAAAAUAAAAAAUUAGGUAUUGAAUACACACUAUAAUUAAUAUCGUAAGCGAUAUUAAUUCGCAACGCUCGCAGUGUAACCACGGGCGAUAUGACUGAUUAGAAUGAUUCACAAAGUAAUGAUAAGAGUUUUUGAUGUCGAAAAGUAUUUAAUCUCUUUAUUCCAUCUUAGUUCCCUUCCAAUAUCGUGAUAAUUAUUCUGAUAUCUGUUUGUUAGUAAAUGUUUAUUAUUACAAUUAAAACGAUCAUAGAUUCACUUAUGCGGUAAAAAAUAUGAAAGUAUGGACAAUGAAAACUGCUACGUGCAAAAUAAAAAUACAAAUAAACUAUACUUUGUAAACCUACAAUACACUGCAUACUAAUAAAAUAUGUAAUUCUGAUUGUUAUUGAUACGAAAACAAAUUUUUAUUUGUAGUGUUGCUGCGUUGUGUUAAAAUAUAUCCCUCAAAAGCAUUUACGCAAAAAACUUCAUCGUUAUUUUACUAUACUUAAAUUUAAGCCUGCCUAUAAGAGAUUGAAACGAUACAAUUAUAUAAUUAAAACAUUAUAUUCCAUAAGAAGAAAUAAAAUAAAAAACAUAAGUAAAAAACAAACAACGCCGCGCCGUGAGAUCGUCUUAUUUCGUGUCGGUAAAAGAUACGCACACGAAACGCAACAAUUGAUAAAAAAAAUCACUUCUACCUACCUCUGUCUAUAAGUCACACACCAUUUAUUAUACACUAACCUUGCUCCAAAUAUCGACACUUAUAAAGUAUUGUGUUUCGUUUAUAUGCAAAUAAUAUAAAGUGAAAUGUGGCCUACGUUAGUGUAUUUUUUGUUAGCCAUUAGUUGUGCGGUUUCAAUAGACGAAUACGAAAAUGUUAUUAACGAGAGGCACGACUUAUUACAGCGCGAGUUGGACAUGAUGCUUGGGAAUGAAAUAACAUUUAGUGACAGUGAAAUAAAGGCGAACGAGAUCGUAAUGCAUCUCAAAGCAAAAGAGUUGGAUAGAGCUUAUCGUAGCCCUUAUGCGUAUAACUUUACGAGACAUUUCUUCGAAUAUAAAGAUGCAGUUAAACAGUCGCCGUUGUACGAAAUUAUUAAGAAAAUGCCAAAAGGUGCGAUACUCCAUGCUCAUGAUGUUGGACUGCUAAGUCCCGAUUAUGUAUUAAACAUGACUUAUUGGGAUAAUCUCUAUGUCUGCUUUGAAGAAGACAAUAUGCAACUGAUAUUCUCUGACAAAACACCUAAAGUAACUUGUGGAACUCAAUGGCAAUUGUUGAGAGACGCUAGAUAUACUUCGAUAGAUGUCGAGGAAUUUGACGCUGAAUUGAGGAAGCAUUUUACUUUGCUCGUUGAUGAACCUCACGAGGUUUAUUUUGAUGUUAAUUCAGCAUGGAAUCGAUUCCAACAAUAUUUCAUAACGACAGGUCCCAUGUUUUGCUACAAACUUGCGUGGGAACAAUAUUUUUAUGAUACAUUAAAAGCAGUUAGAGAAGAUAACGUAAUGUACAUAGAGAUACGUAGUACAUUACCACCUCUUUAUGAUUUGAAUGGGGAAGUUUACGAUUCUAUUGCAACAGCUGAGUCUUAUAAGAAAGUUGUUGAUCAAUUUGUGAAAGAUUAUCCAGAUUUUUACGGAGCAAAACUCAUUUAUGCACCAAUGAGAUUAGUCGAUGCCGCUACCGUGAAAGAAUACAUAAAAAUUGCGAAAGAAAUAAAAAGAAGAAUGCCGGAUUUCUUCGCUGGAUUCGAUCUGGUUGGGCAGGAGGAUUUGGGUACGCCAACUAAAGAAUUUCUCUCUGAAUUGGUCGCAGCUAAAGACGAAUUAGAUUAUUUCUUUCACGCUGGCGAGACCAACUGGAACGGUAUGAGUUCGGAUGAGAAUCUUUUUGAUGUUAUCGCGUUAGAAACACGAAGAAUCGGUCAUGCUUUCGCUCUUGUCAAACAUCCCUUGUUAUUAGAAGAAGUUAAAAAGAGAGGAAUAGCGCUGGAAGUUAAUGUCAUAUCGAAUGUUGUGCUGAAGUUAGUUGGUGAUGUUAGAAAUCACCCUUUGGCAACUUUCCUGGCCCAAAAUGUACCGGUAGUUUUGUCAAGUGACGAUCCUGGUGUUUGGGAAGCUGAUCCUUUGUCUCAUGACUUUUUUAUUACAUUCAUGGGUGUAGCCAGUCGUCAUGCAGAUCUGAAGCUUUUAAAGCAACUAGCAUUAAAUUCAUUGUACUUUAGCACAAUUAAAGACAAAGAUAGAGUAGUACACGAAUUCGAAAUAAGAUGGACGAAAUUCAUAGAUUCAUUAGUUAGAGAUAAAUGGUAAUUUAAUAAUUUGUACUAUUCCAAAUAUAGGGUUAUAUUACAAAUAUAGGGAAAAUUCAUGAACAUUGAAUUGAACGUGACCCUAUUUUAGCUAGAUUUUUUUUCCAGAAAUUUUAGUGACUUGCCUUGUAGUGUUUUCUAUUAUUUUAUUUAAACUUAAGUUAACAGUAUCUUAGUUAUAUUUUAUGUGAAAAGAAAGCUAUUAGAAAUAAAGAAGAAAAGUUUUAUUGAUUGUAUUGGUUUGCUUCGAAAGCAUUGGACCGAUUCUAAAUAUUCCUUCACCUACGGGAAGCUACAUGGGAAAAUAGUUUAUAAAUAAUAUAUUGCAUGAUUAUAAGAAGACAAAGACUCUAUUCUCAUAUUUUUAAAUUCCUAAUUGCAUGUGUUUCUCAUAGGCU